AGGGACAGGAGCACACACCAUGAUUUCACACAUCCAGCUGAUCUGGCCCCUGGCAUUCUGUGUCGCAGGUAUCAGUGGGGACAUCACCAUGACCCAGUCUCCUCCGGUGCUGUCAGUGGGACGGGGCCAGACCGCAACACUCACCUGUACGGCCAGUCAAAGCAUUAGCAGCUCCCUUGAUUGGUACCAACAACGAGAAGGUCAGAAGCCCUCUCUCCUGAUCUAUUAUGCAACAAAUCGAUUCACAGGAGUCUCCGAUCGAUUCACCGGCAGUGGAUCAGGGACCAGUUUUACCCUGAAAAUCAGCAACGUUCAGAAUGAGGAUGUCGCUGACUAUUACUGUAUGCAGCAUAGCAGCUGGCCUUCACAUCCCUGUGGUGUCCACCGCUCACUGAAGGCCUCAAGUUUCACUCUUACACUUCGUGGCCGCCCUCUGCACUGGGAGCUCUCACUGUGGCUUACGUUCGGUAAAGGAACCAAGCUCAGACUGAGUGGUGACAACUCUCAGCCCAAGCUGACCCUGCUGCCCCCCUCCCCGGAGCAGGUCAAUGCCAAGGGCACUGCCACCCUGGUGUGCCUUGCCAAUCACUUCUAUCCCGAUGAGCUGGAGGUGCAGUGGAAGAAGGACGGUGCAGUCAUUUCAGACGGGGUUCAGACCAGCAACUACCUGCGAGCUUCGGACAGCACCUACAGUGUCAGCAGCCUGCUGACCCUCUCUGGGUCUGACUGGGAGUCCGACGCUCGCUUCUCCUGUGCCCUCACCCACGUGACCCUCCCCUCUCCCCUCAGCAAGAGCAUCAGGAGAUCAGAAUGUGUGUAGAGUAUCGGAGACAGUCCACAGAGGAGACACAACUUUAAAUAGAACAGGGCUGAGCUGGCAGGACAAAGGUCAUUGUCAGCACUGAAUUUCAACUCUCUUCCUUCUCAGGACCGGCUCAGAGACAUUUCUGAGGUUCAGGGGUUAUGGCAUGUCAUUGGGACAGAGUAGACAGAGCUUUACGCUGUGUCAAACCCCAUGCUGUCCCUGUUCUGGGAGUGUUUGAUGGGGACAGAGUUGACUUGAGAUGCCAAGUAAAAUCUCUUGAAGUUGCUAAAGAGCUGUACAAAGCAAUGUGAACCUCAGAAGUCUCUGUUUCAGUAAACCAGAUCUCCUUCCUGCUCAGUCGCCAGUUCCAAUUUAAGGUUUUGUCACUGUUUGAAGGGACAGGGUUCUCGUGCUAUUGAGAAAACCUCCACAAGUGUUUUCCUCAAGCUCCAUUGUGGCUGUGAAUUUGAGCAGCUUCCUCUGU